ACGAAAGCACUAACGUUUCUGGUCAUGUGUUACGGAAGAACGAAUCAAGAGUUUUGUGUAUUUUUGACAAACGCCUUGGCGCUAACGUUGCACUUCCAUUUUAAAAUGCAGAAGAAGGAUGAAGAAUGUAGUAAGAAUAUAAAAGUCAAAGAAGUAAUAACGGUGCUUUGUAAAUGUCUUUCGGUGCUGGAUGUUGAGUCGGUUCCUCCUGCUGAAGUAUUCAGGAGAGCUAAAUUCAACAAGAUCGAGGCGGUCCAAGACUUGUGGUGUUUGCUCAGGAGCCUCCUUAUGAAGGGUUUUGAACUAGACUGCGCAUGCUCAGAAUUAACCAAACGCUCUACCUCGGACACCCAGUUCUGCUUUGUGAAGAGUGCCCUCUGGCACAGUGGUUAUGGGGCCUGGUGGGUUGUCGGACCCUGGGCCUGUGAAAACGGAGAGAUCGGAAGCAGGGAUCUGCUGCUGGCCUUCAGCUGGCUAAUUGCAUCAGGAAACCUGCUCGAGGCUCUGCUACAAGAGCGACUCCUACACUUAGAUAUCCUUUCAUCAGCAGCAGGGCCUGUGGCGACGGUGGCAAGGAAAAACUCCCCCAGACGACAUGAGGAAGAAACCUUGAAAGGAACCAGACUCAAAAGGGAACCCAUCUUUAUCUGGGGUCUGCUUGAAGAACUGGAGUUGGACUUGAAUGAAUAUGGACGUAAAGAUGUCAGGAGGUUGCAGUGGCAGUAUGGGAAACUGAAGCUACAGUGGCGGAGUCUCUUAACAGCUCAGCAAGAGCAGGCCAAACUUAUUGAGAAGGUCUGCUCCCACAUGAGCUCUCCAUCCACCUGUUACCCCAGCGCUGCCCAUGUUCCUCAUCUAACUGGAUCUACUGCACUAGAAAAGGAUCUCAAGCGCAUCCAGUCCCUGAAUGGAAUACUUGAAGCAUAUCUAGAAUGGAAAAAUGUGGAGCCGAUGUUCUGGUGCUGGAUGGACAGUGUGGUUGAUGGCUACCUCAUAGACCGGUAUCAAGAAGGGUCUGUGGAGUUAUUACAAACAGACCAGGCAGUCACUUGCAGCUGUUCCCAUGGUGACCAGGCUUGGAGAUCUGUCAGAUGUUUGGACAAGAUGCUACUAAGGCUGCAGGCUAAGCACCAGGACAGAUCGGAAAGAUGUACAGACACAACAGAACUUAGCCACAGGCAGAAAGGAGAGGUGGAGAGGAGAGUGUCUGCCUGCUUACAGGGCUUUUCUCUCGUCAACACUCUGACCACCACAGAUAGAGGCUUCACACCGUACUUCCAGGAGCUGCAGACUUCCAGGUCAACAUGCAAACCCCAUAGAGGUGAUUCAGACCAAGCGGGACUCCUCCAGGCUUCAUCAGUGUGCAAGGAGCUGAGGCACAGAAAGGCCAUACUAGAGUGGGAGAUGAAGCUGCUGAGACAGAGUCAGCGAGAGGAAAUGCAGUCAAAGGCUAAUACACUGGAGGGACUGGUGUUUAUCCUGCCUCUUAAGCGAUGACACAUGCACACAGAGUAUGCUGCAAAACUCUUUAGAAGACAGGCUUUCAGACCUACAAGUUGCCACAAACUUGGAAGCACACAAUUGUAUAAGGUGCUGUAUAUCGGAGUUCCCCUUAGUGGAACUAAUAGACCCAAACCUCUUCCGAUCUGACAGUGCCCCUGUGCACAAAGAGAGGUCCCUGGUUUGUCAGAGAGGUAGUGGAAGAAAUUGAGUGUCGUGUAUAGAGCCCUGACCUCAACCCCACUGAACACCGACUGCACCCAACACCUCCAUUCCCAACAUCUUGUGGCAAAAUGGGAAAAUCCCCACAGUCCUCCAAAAUCUAGUGUAAAGCCUUCCUCGAAGGGUGGAGGUCAUUAUAACAGUAAAGGAGGAACAAAUCUGGAAUAGGAUAGAAUAUUAUAAGUAUGUCCACAUACUUUUGACCAUAUAAUGUAUCCAAAGCUAAAUGUUCCUUCACUGAGUAAUAAACCAAUUUAAUCUAAAAUUGUAUCCACUUUGGGGGCAUCGUGGUUCAGGUGGAUAAGGCGCCAUACCAUAAAUCCGGGGACCCGGGUUCGAUCCCUCCCCGUCUCUCUCCUGCUCAUUUCCUGUCUCUACACUGUCCUAUCCAAUAAAGGUGAAAAAAGCCCCAAAAAAAAUCUUUAAAAAAAAAUUGUAUCCACUUUGAAUUGAACUCCUUGUCAAGCCCACAUACAAACCCAGAAGAUUUAUUACUGUUAUAAUUUUAUGAGGCAGGAUGUCUCCCCUGGCCCAAAGGACCGCAAACUCUCACCUGAGUAUAAAUUAUAGCAGCUAUAGACAUCACAUCAGAGGGUUUAGUGUUUAUAGCCUCAUUUUGUCCAGUUUAAAGCACACGAUGGGUGACAUUAACAAGACUUCUGUGGCAGUUACAGCCAGACCCCUGCUGGGUCUGUAGGACUUAAUUAAUUCACCGCUGUGGCCUUUAGUCAUGCCACAUUACUUAGAACACUAUAAACCUAUUUUAUUGGUGUUUGUUGGUACCUGUUGAUCCAUAAUACUUUGGUGGAGUUAUGCUGAUAGAAUUGCUGUCUGGCUUGACAAAAUGCAGAAAAAAUAAAUAAUAGUGUCCUGCCAAAA